AAAGAAGCGGGUACUGUUCCCGGCCUUCAGGCUCUUGGAUCCUCUCUAUCAAGAUGUGGCACCUUAAACUCUUUGCAGUACUCAUGAUUUGCCUGUUGCCAUUAGCCCAGGUAGAUGGCUCUCCAAUACCAGAACUGAGUUCAGCAAAGAGAAGGCCGAGGAGAAUGACCCCAUUUUGGAGAGGGGUUUCCCUCAGGCCGAUUGGAGCCUCCUGUCGGGAUGAUUCUGAAUGUAUCACGAGGCUAUGCAGAAAAAGACGCUGCUCCCUAAGUGUGGCCCAGGAAUGAUGUACACACCACGGAAAAAAAGGGCAGCAUGUGCCUACAACAAUGCUCUGUUCUAUGGAAUAUUGACUAACUGCAUUUGGCUGGAGACACUUAAGUAAAGCAAUCUUGUUUUUAAAUGUUUGAAGACAGAUAUACGCUUUAAAUUCGUCUGUUUCUUCUUAGAAUGUUGAUAUGUAGAUAAGCAUAACUAAACUUGUUAACUUAAAAGUUUAUUUUUCUAUGGAUACUAUUAAAUGUCUCAAACUGAAA